AAAGAAUUGAAACGCCGGAAGAUUGAUGAAUGGGUUUGUCAAACAUUCACCACAAUAUAAUUUUCGUUUGUUAAUUAGGCUUUAAUGAUCUUACCAUUUACAGCCUUCAGUAUGGUUACUGGAUACUAAUGGCAGGAGCAUGGAGCUGGGUUGGUGCAGUACGUGUGUUUUCCUGGGGAUGCGGAGCAGGAGUUGUUGGUACUCUUACAUUCUUCAACAAAGUCGGUUAUUUUGCAAGAGUUGAUGGAAAAUCAAUGCAGACACCAUUGUUCGAUGAUCCUUCAAAAAUCAGAACACUGAAGUACAAGAACAGGUACGUGAAAGUACCCACAGGUCAUAUUUGGAUUGAAGGAGACCAUUCUGAAGUUAGCUUGGACAGCAACAUAUUUGGUCCAGUAUCUCUUGGGCUUCUACAUGCAAAAGCAUCGAGGAUUGUGUGGCCGCCUCAUCGCCAACAAAAACUGAAAUCUUUUGUGCCCUCCAAUAGGCAGCCAGUUAACAGUAAAAAUCAAAACUUUGAACAGUUUAUUCUGGAUGAUGAUGAUGAACUAGCUUUAUCAACACUAUGAAGGUGUAAUAAUUGUUGACUGAUGUUUUAUUCACAAUUAAAUUGAGAAAACGUUGGUUUGCAAUUAAGCAUGAGAUAAAAAAAAAGUACUAUGAAGGCAAAAGAUAUAGACAAUGUUGGACCAUGGCGAUGAAGUAAUAACCUACAGUA